AUGAACGUAUUGCGCGAUGGCGUUGUGACAGCGCUCAGCAGCACAUGGCCACACGCACGCGACAGAGAGGUCAAGGCGCGCGCAAUACGAUCUGGUAUAAAGAACCCAGGAAAUGUUCUACACAGGAAGUUAUACUAUGGCGAGAUCAGCCCUGGGCAGUUGGUGAGCAUGUUUGCCGAUGAACUCGACCCAAUAGCGACGGAUGAUAGACAACGACUCGAGGGAGAGAACUGGAGACAAAACAUACCAAUACCAGUAAGUUGA